AUGCGCUCCUUCGGCCCCGGCGGCCCCUCACCCGGGGCCGAGGCUCCUGCCGACGAGGACUCCUGGGUUCUCCCGGCGGAUCCCGCGCUAGAGUUCGCGGCGCUGAACCUGGAGGCGGGUCCAGCUGGGUGGGCCUCGCUGUCGGUGCGUUACGGCGAGUUAGGGUGCCCCCUCCCGGACGCUGGGGCGCCGCCAAAGGCGCUUUGGGCGCUCUUGAACCGCAGCAGCGCUUGCCAUUCAGCGUGGUCCGCUGAAUCACUGAGCUGA